UUUUUCUUCUAGACACCCAAACAGCUUUUACACCUCAUCCACCACCAAGAUCAGAAUAUAAUAUUGAAUAAUCUUGGAUAGUUUUGUUGAAUCUUUUAAACAGAGAUCACAAUAUAAUAUAGCCUGCCUACAGUAGCCCCUAGGGUCUAGUAGUAUAUUAUUCCUCAUUCUGGAGGAUGUAAACUGUAACUCAAACAAUUCAUUGCUGAUUUAGUCUAGUUUUCAGUCCCACCAAAAGGCAUGCCACCACCGUGCCUGAGGGGAACGGGUUGGGUUGGGGUGUCUGGCUCUCUCUCUGCAUUCAGUCGCUCACAACCCUCCCACCCGGUCCCGUUGAGGUCUGUGUAGCUCCUCCUCCGAGGAAGUGCCCUCUCCGGAGCAGUAGGCUACCACGGAUCUGCUGGCCGCCCCCCUCCCAAGGAAACACUGGCCAGAGGAGAGGCUCCGCCGCAUCGGCUCUACUUCUUCUCGGUGUUUAUUCGUCUGGUUUGGGUGAACUGCUGCCGCCAUGGCCGACGAAGGCAUGGAUGAACGGUCCCCGCUGCUCUCAGCACCGAACUCUGGGAAUGUCACACCGUCGGGACCGCCUUCGUACCUGCAGGACACGAGCCCGAGAGCUGAACUCCCUCCCCCCUACACAGCCAUUGCCAGUCCCGACCCAGGGGGGGUACCCGUCAUCAACUGCCGGGUGUGUCAGUCUCUCAUUAACCUGGAUGGCAAGCUUCAUCAGCACGUGGUGAAAUGUACUGUGUGCAACGAGGCCACGCCUAUCAAAAACCCACCGACUGGGAAGAAGUAUGUACGCUGUCCCUGUAACUGCCUCCUCAUCUGCAAAGACUCAUCUAGGAGGAUAGGAUGCCCCAGACCCAACUGCAGACGCAUCAUCAACCUGAGCCCGGUGAUGGUGAUUCCAGAGGAGCAGCCGGCCCAGCCAGCCCUGCCAGUCCAGCCUGAGGGCACGAGGGUGGUCUGUGGCCACUGUGGAAACGCCUUCCUCUGGAUGGAGCUCCGAUUUAACACACUAGCAAAAUGCCCUCACUGCAAAAAAAUAUCGUCUGUGGGUAGUGCUCUUCCAAGGAGGCGUUGUUGUGCCUACAUCACUGUGGGAAUGAUCUGCAUCUUUAUCGGAGUGGGAUUAACAGUGGGCACUCAGGACUUUGCCAGUCGUUACCAUGCCACCUAUGUGUCCUGGGCGUUCUCCUACCUCCUGGGUCUGAUCUGUCUGAUACGAGCUUGUUACUGGGGCGCCAUCAAAGUCAGCUAUCCAGAGAACAGCUUUUCCUAGACAGACCAUCAAAGUCAGCUAUCCAGAGAACAGCUUUUCCUAGACAGACAGACGACUGUAAAUCUUCCUUUAAGUUGUUCACGUUGUUGUUGUUUCGAUUCUGAGAGCUCCAAGGUCAGUCCGAUCCGGUCCUGGUCCUGGAGAAAACAGAAAUCCAGCCCGGGUUUUGCAAUUAACUCAAGAAAUCAGAUCAGUAAUUAAGAUAUGAAUUGGUUCGGUAAAUCAUAAACUGUGAUUUAAGUCAUUUAUAUUGAAAUGAAGAAACUUGACUUUGGUAAAUAUGAUGAUUACAAAGAAAGCUGGUGGCUGGAUUCCAUUUCCUGGACCACUGACUGGCUGACUGACUGGCUGGCUGGCUGACUGGCUGGCUGACUGGCUGGCUGACUGGCUGGCUGGCUGACUGGCUGACUGACUGGCUGGCUGACUGGCUGGCUGGCUGGCUGACUGGCUGACUGGCUGACUGGCUGACUGGCUGACUGGCUGACUGGCCGGCUGGCUGGCUGGCUGGCUGGCUGGCUGACUGGCUGGCUGGCUGGCUGACUGGCUGGCUGAAUGACUGGCUGGCUGACUGGCUGGCUGAAUGACUGGCUGGCUGGCUGGCUGGCUGGCUGGCUGGCUGGCUGACUGGCUGGCUGACUGGCUGACUGGCUGACUGACUGGCUUGUUGAUGGAUGGACAUGUUACACAUUUUACGUACUGCAUUUUGUUACCAACCAAAUGAAAAUAAUAACUUUUAUUAAGAAAAAUGUUGCCCAUUGCACUACAAUUAUAUGCAAUGAUUCUGUUCAGUUGCUGCUAGUUACCCCAGCUCCAAAAGCUGCCUCUCCUCUCUCUCCAUACUGUCUCUCCUCUCUCUCUCUCCAUACUGUCUCUCCUCUCUCUCUCGCCAUACUGUCUCUCCUCUCUCUCUCUCUCUCCAUACUGUCUCUCCUCUCUCUCUCUCUCUCCAUACUGUCUCUCCUCUCUCUCUCUCUCUCUCUCCAUACUGUCUCUCCUCUCUCUCUCUCUCUCUCUCUCCAUACUGUCUCUCCUCUCUCUCUCUCUCUCCAUACUGUCUCUCCUCUCUCUCUCUCUCUCUCCAUACUGUCUCUCCUCUCUCUCUCUCUCUCUCCAUACUGUCUCUCCUCUCUCUCUCUCUCUCCAUACUGUCUCUCCUCUCUCUCUCUCUCUCCAUACUGUCUCUCCUCUCUCUCUCUCUCUCUCCAUACUGUCUCUCCUCUCUCUCUCUCCAUACUGUCUCUCUCUCUCUCUCUCUCUCUCUCCAUACAGUCUCUCCUCUCUCUCUCUCUCUCUCCAUACUGCCUGUAACCCUGCCUGGAUAAUACACAGUACUGGUCCUGAUUUUAAUACUCUGAAAUGAUACUACUUAUUUACUGUUUCUGUUGAAGCUGGCCAACACACCAUACCUAACUACUUAUCUACUGCAUUUGAAUUGCCUUCUCGUCAUUGGUGGCAGAAUGAUGCAUUUUUAAACCACUUGAUGGGAAAUCCCAUUCGCAUGUUGUUGUUGUUGUCCGUUUUCUAACCGACACCAGGGUUUGUAUAGUUUAUCUGAUUCAGAAAGGUACUGUCAAUUGUUUUGAUCCUCCGGCUCUCCCACCUGCUAGAAUGUAACCCACUUCCUGCUAACUACCUGAUGUCGUUUCCUGUAGCCAGUGAAACCCAGCUGGUGUUGCAGUAGAUGAGAGAUCCUGUUGAGGAAAAACAUCUCUUAACGUUGUUCUGAAUGUGAUGAUGAAACACAUAGUUAAUUCAGCAACAUUGAAACUGUUUGAAUCAGUUGGAAUAUGAAAUGGGUCUUUUUUUUUUUAAAUGAUCAUUUAUCAAUAAAAUGAAUGGAUGCGA